AUGCCAUCAAAUUCGCCAUCUUCUAGCGUAGUUCCUGUAAAUGAGGUUUUAACGCCACAACCUACGUCCAAAAUCUACAAGCCAACCGUUAAUACAACAUGUGAUGUCGAAAAAAUCUCGAAAAAAAUCAUAUAUCCAUUUUGGUUAGGAGGUGCCGCUGCAAUGACAGCAGCCACGGUGAGUCAUCCAUUUGAUUUGAUAAAAGUACGUCUGCAAACGUCAAAAGGAGCCGCAAAGACCAGUGCAAUACAAACUGCAUUUAAAAUAGUACGCACCGAAGGGUUCUUCGGACUAUAUCGUGGCUUGAGUGCAAGUCUACUACGACAGGCCACUUAUUCAACCAUGAGAUUCGGGACAUACGACAAGAUCAAGCUUUUUUUAUCCAAAGGCGGCGAAGAACUUUCAUACACGAAAAUGAUCUUUGCCGGUGCAGUGGGUGGUGCUGUUGGCGGUGUAUCUGGUAAUGCCGCCGAUAUUGUAAUGGUUCGGAUGCAGAACGACGCUAAAUUAGAACCACACCUACGGCGCAAUUAUCGAAACGCUUUUGAUGGUCUGAUACGAAUUGGAAAAGAAGAAGGAAUAAGCGGAUUUUUUCGUGGAGUGGGGCCUAAUGUUAAUCGUGCCAUUUUGAUGAAUGUAUCACAAGUGACCACGUAUGAUGUGUUUAAAUCAUUAUUAUUAGGAACUGGCUACUUCAAAGAUAAUAUAUGGUCUCACUUUAGUGCAAGUUUAUUAUCAGGUUUGGUCGCGACUACGAUAUGUUCUCCCGCAGAUGUUAUAAAAACACGUAUUAUGAAUUCAGGCUCACAGCAUAAGGGUGCUUUUUCGAUCUUAUCGACAAUGGUCCGAAAUGAAGGACCCUUUGCUCUCUUUAAAGGUUGGGUGCCUGCAUACGUACGUCUCGGCCCGCACACCAUCAUAACGUUUAUUGUGUUAGAAAAGUUGAAAGAACUUUACGUUAGAAAGGAAAUAUUUGGGAUAACAUUUUCUUCAUAG